AUGCCCAUGACAGUGGAAAACCAGUCGAGUGUCUCUGAGUUCUUCCCCCUGGGGCUCUCUAGGCAGCCCCAGCAGCAGCAGCUCUUCUUGCUCUUCAUGAACAUGUAUCUGGCCACAGUGCUGGGAAACGUGCUCAUCAUCCUGGCCAUCAGCACAGACUCCUGCCUGCACACCACCAUGUACUUCUUCCUCACCAACCUGUCCUUCGUGGACUUCUGCCUCUCCUCCACCAUCGUCCCCAAGAUGCUGGCCAACAACAUACAUGGGAGUCAGACCAUCUCCUUCUUUGGAUGUCUCACACAGCUGUAUUUUUUCAUUGUGUUUGGUGAUGUGGACAAUUUCCUCUUGGCUGUGAUGGCCUAUGACUGCUUUGUUGCUGUGUGCCACCCCUUACGCUACACAACAAAGAUGACCCCUCAGCUCUGUGCCUUGCUGGUGGCUGGGUCGUGGGUCAUUGCCAGUCUGAAUGCUCUGUUGCAUACCCUGCUGAUGGCUCAUCUCUCAUUCUGUGCAGACAACACGAUCCCCCACUUCUUCUGUGAUGUGACUCCUCUCCUGAGACUCUCCUGCUCUGACACACAACUCAAUGAGAUGAUGAUUCUUACUGAGGGGGCCCUGAUAAUGAUCACUCUGUUUGUUUGCAUCCAGGUUUCCUACAUUUGCAUCACCUCUGCUGUCUUGAGAGUCCCAUCCACAAAGGGAAAAUGGAAAGCCUUUUCCACCUGUGGCUCCCACCUGACUGUGGUUUCCCUCUUCUAUGGCACCAUCAUAGCUGUGUAUUUCAACCCUUCAUCUUCCCAUUCAGCUAAGAAAGACAUUGCAGAUGCUGUGAUGUACACGGUGGUGACCCCCAUGCUGAACCCUUUCAUCUACAACCUCAGGAACAAGGACAUGAAAGGGGCCCUAAGAAAAGUGAUUUAUAUUAAAACAUUUUCUGUUCAAUAA